UGCCCAUUCGCGCCUUUUUUUCUCCCCCAGCACAUUGUACUUCCACUUUUUGGUAAAAAAAACUCAAUUAAAAUGGUUUUAAAAGCCUGAUCUGAAUCGGUGUGAGAAGAGAUCGCUUCUUCGGAUAAUUUCCCGUCCCAAAGUCAAGAAUUAAGUGCAGUUAAUGCCAUUAAAGCGGUGUGUGUGCGUGUGAAAAUUGCAACAAACACGAGAAUCGAGAAAUCUGCGAAGAUAGACCUCAAAUACCAAAAACACUUAAGAAAACCCACAUUCCCGACACACGCACACACUGAGCAUUAUGUAUUAGAGUAAACCCGAACAAGAGACCGAAAUGACCGAUGUAAAUUGUCUUACAAGUGAGCACGUUGCGACCACGAGUCCGCCUGGAACCCCUACCAAAAAUGCUGUCCAGAGUCUGCUGAUUGAGCCCACAUCGCCGUUUGUUCUCCGUGCUCCUCCCAGCGAGAAGUCCAAGCUGAUCCUCCAGAACAUGGAGGAGGUACUCAACUCCGUGAAGCAGAAGCACCGCGAGAAGCACAAGCGCAAGCGGGAAGAGAAGCGGAGGGCAGCUGCAGCCCUUCUGGUGGAAGGCGACAAUCCCAAGAAGUCCGACCAGGACCAGGAAAAACCCCAGCCCCUGAGAGAGAAGUCCUCGCAGGAGAAUGGCCUCAAAAACGGUCACCGUCACCGGCGAUCCAGUCCCCUGAAGUGCAGCACACCUGUGGCCGAUCACCAGAGCAUAAAGAAGCACUUUACCAAAACCGGGAAGCCCGAAAACGCCAAUGCCUCCGCAGGGGCGGGGGUGGAAACGAAAGCCAAAGCGCCCACCAAUGUCUUUGAGUUUAUGAUGAAUGCCAGAAAUAGAUCCAUCGGCGUCAAUGAAGAAGGAGCAGAUGCGCCCGCGGAUCAGGAAGAGGGAGCCGGAGUGGUCACGGCGCAGACCAAGCGCAAGCAAAUGCUUCAGGAAUGGAACGAUCGCAAGGGAGGCACGAAGCGACGGCUGGCGGAUGAAGCGCGCGGCGAGUUCAUCGAAGUGCAGAUGGAACAGCGGGCCAAGAGGUUGAAGAAAAUGCUGACAAAGACUGACCCAAAGGAAGUAGUGGCUCCGUCCUCGGCGCCCACAGUGACCCAGAAUGUCAAACGCCCGAGGGGAAGGCCCCGCGGACGGCGACUUAGUACCAUGGAUCCGGAGGCGAUUGUGGUCACGCCAAAGUCGCAGGAUCCGGAAACCGAGGAAUUUCUGUCCAAGCUCUCUUCCCCGACCAAAAAGCGGGACAGCCUUCUGGGCUACUUCAAUAAGGUGGAAUCACCCAAAGAACUGGCCGAAAAACAAACUGUAGCAAUAGACACACCACCCAUGGAGACGCCAAAACGACGAACUGGUCGACGGAAGAGCAACCAGGAGACGCCUGUUGUAGUGCCCGCUGAUUCCACGCCUUCCGGGCGACCGAGACGAUCUUGUGCCGGCAAGGCGCGCUAUGAUUACGACCUAGAAACGAGUCCCUCAAAAGCACCGAAGGGGAAGGUUGUCCAAAAGGCGGAGGAAUCGGUCGAGAUCAUUGAUCUUGACAACAGUAAUCCGGCCUGCACUCCCGUGAAGCUCGCACCGCUGUUCGUAAAACAAUUGCCAAAACCUAGCCCCGAUCCUUCGGUUCUAAAGGCGCGUCAAGCAUUCCUACAAUCCGGAGUACCGGACAAGAUCCGCCAAGAGCAGAACCGUCAGAAGCAGUUCGAGCAGAUGUACGAGGAGAGCUAUGAGGUCUUUCCCAGACUAGCGCACACUGGCUGCGAGAGUUAUGUCUCCAAAUCGGAACCCCUGGAGUUGCCUUUUGUAUUAAGAGACGAGGGAUUCCUAGAAGAGGUGGCUGGGAAUCCAGGCAAGCGUCGGUCCAAGUCGAGUUCAUUUACGAGCUGCAUUUUCGCCAAUUUCAGCGCCAACUUGGGGUCUCGGAAAACCAACUACUCCACUCUCCCGCAGUUGGAUAACAAGCGGGGCUUUGUCAAGCUUUGGAAGACUGCCUUCGACCGCUUUCCCACCUUCAAGUGCUACAACCAGAUGCGGGAGAAGUACCGGCACUUCAGUGCCAUUGAUAGUGCCCAGGACACCCAGCAAAUGGGCGAAUCCUUCGUGGUAACGAGGCGCACAAGGCGAUCAAUGGAGCAGCAUGCAGAUACGGGCGAUGAGGACGUGAAGCCACCGCCCUCAGCUCCCAAUGGGGAACUGCUCUUCACCGAGAAGUACAAACCGCUGCUGUUCGAGCAGGUUUUGGUGAACUUGACGCCGGUCCAGGAACUCAAAGAGUUCCUCGCCGGCUGGAGUGGCAACGGGGGCAGUAAUCGCAACUCUCAAACGAUGGACGACUCUUCCUUCGAUCUCAGCCUCGACUCCAGCUCCAUGGGAGCCAGCAGCAACACCAUGGUGCUCGUCGGACCCUCGUCCAGCGGAAAGACCAAUGCUGUGUUCGCGCUCGCCAACGACAUGAACUUCAAUGUGCUGGAAAUCAACGCGGGAAUGAAGCGAACGGGCAAGAAGCUGAUCCAGGAGCUCCAGGAAGCCACCCAAUCGCAUCAGAUCCGCAAGGACAGCAAGUCGGGUGGCUCCUCCCAGCAGCUGCUGCAGAAACUGCAAAAGGGCAGCCUGAAAGCCAAGGCAGCUGCGAUGGAAACUCCUUCCGAAGUUCGGAAAUCCCUCAUUCUGAUCGAGGACGCGGAUAUCCUUUUUGACAACCUGGAUGCUGGCUUCACGGAGGCUAUAUACACCCUGGCAGCUAGUUCAAAGCGACCCGUGAUUGUGGUAGCGACGGAUCCCAACUGUGCGCACUUGCAGCGCCUGAUGCAGCAGAACCAGAUACACUUCCAGGCCCCCAAUGUCCUGAACAUCUCGCGGUUCCUCGCUGUUUUGGCUUUGAUGGAGAACUGUCCCAUCGAACUGGAUGAGCUGAUCUCCCUGUACUUGUACAACAAACAGAACCUGCGCAAGACCCUGUUGGAGCUGCAGUUCUACAUACAGAGCGGGGGAGAUGGAUCUAGAGUGGGGGGCAGCAAAUCGCCCUCCAAGAAUUCGCUGACCCGCCUGGCCACCGUCGACGGCUGCAACAUCCACCAGCGACUGUUCGAGUUCUUCACCACCUCCCAGAAUGUCCAGCACAGGAUUGUUCCAUUUCCGGUCGAUUUUGGUCUGUUGCGACUGAAUCUCCCCGAGUUCAUAGCUACAUCCCCGCUGCUCAAGGAUUCGGGUGAAGCCGCUGCGGCCAGACCCCCUGCCAAACGGAAAUCCCGCUCACCAAAGAAGGCCUGGCUCAGCAGCGCCACUGGCCAGAAGAAGGAAGGAAGUGCCUCUCCUCUGGCCACCUUGGCGUCCUUCUACGACAACAUAUCUCUCGCCGCAAUGGUGGACUCUGGUAGCGACUGCAGUGAUCGCUUGCAGGUCCACCUCGCCGAGGACAUUGCGCACUCGCUGGUGGAGCAGGCUCUCCAGACUGGACUGGCGGCCAAAGAGUGUCCUUACAACUUUUUCGACAAGCCAAAACAGAGGAAAACCAUCAGCGAAUUCCUAGGCAACGGCCUGAUACGUUCUUCCUCCGCAAAGGCCCUCGAUUUUGAGCCCUGCCUGCGCUCCAUCUGCCGGAGUGAAAAGGAGCGAGCCGGACAGGAGCGGAGGUCGAGUAGAUUCUAUCACUAUCUGCGCAACCACACGGUGAACGUGACCAGCUUCUCCCUGGAGUCCUUUGAUGCCGUCUGCUCCGUUUUCCAAGAGGAGGAGGAGGUCAGCGAGGGCGGACCUCCAGCGGAAGCGGAGGAGAAGAGCUAG